GCCGAAUAUGAAGGUAUAUAGUUCACUGAGGGGACGCAAGUUUAUCUGUUCAGUUUUGUCAGUCAAGUUCCGUGAUCAUUCUUUUCUUACUAUGAAGUUCCUACCCCUCGCUGCAAGCAUCCUAACCCUCUUCGGAGGUGUUGAGGCCAAGAAGUCGCCCUUCUUCAUCUUGACGGGUGACUCUACCGUUGCCACCGGCGGAGGUUGGGGCGAUGCCCUUCUUAACAGUACCAAGAAGCCCGCAGGUGGUAUCAACAUCGCCAAGAACGGUGCAACGACUGUAUCUUUCCGAUCCCAAGGAUUAUGGGAUACUGCUCUCGAUAAUGUGAAGAGCCAUAAGAAAGCUCACGAGGCUAUUGUCACGAUUCAGUUUGGCCAUAAUGAUCAGAAGACUCUUACACUGGAGCAGUACUCGGAUAACCUUGCUACUAUGAUUGGUGAGGUCAAAGAGGCUGGAGGCACUGCGAUUAUCAUUACGUCUCUUACCCGUCGUACUUUCAAGGAUGGAAAAGUGGUUGAGAACCUUAGUAACGAGCGCGAUGCUGCAAUUGCUGUCGCAAACAAAGCAGGUGUUAAGUACCUGGAUCUUAAUACCGCAAGCACCAAGUAUGUCAACGCUAUUGGACAGGAGGAUGCCGACAAGUAUAAUGAGAUCGAGGGAGAUCGCACUCAUCUCAAUUUCUCUGGAAAGUUGGUGUUUGGAAGGAUUGUGAUGGAUUUGUUGGUUGAGAAGAGACGUGAUCUGGCACGGUACAUUGCGACGAACAAGAAGUUGAGUCAGCUUAUUAAAGAUGGGAUUUAUGCUACUGGAGCGGAGUGAUUCUAUAGAAGAUAGUCGGAACUUGAAACAAAGACGCGGCGUUAUCUCAAGGACAGCACCAGAAUACAAAUGGGUUAUGAAAGCAAUCUCAAGGGCUUACAUACUGAAAACCUUUCCAAAUCUGUGAAGAUCCUACCAAAUUGGCGUCGGCUGUCCCUUCGUAGCUGUCUUGGGAGGAUAAGACGCGACCACAGUCGUCAACCAUACCGAAUACGCCAGCAAGAUAACUCCCGCGACAUACAUGAUAGGCUGGUCGAAGAUCUCAGGCAAGACAGCGGCCCCCAAGCUGAACGGGGCAAACGUCCAUAUGGCACAAGCCACAUUAGUUAGACAGAACCCAAUCGACAGACCGUUUCGUGACCCACGAGACAGGUACUCGUGUGUCGGCCCGAUGAUCAGAAGGACAUUGGUGAGCGCUCCUGUGAGCAUGAAGCUACCAGCGCCGAGGAACUCGAUCAAUAUCCAGACCAGUGCAAACAUAGCGAGCUGCAGAAAGAAAGUGUACGUCAAGAUUGACGAAGUAGCCGGCUGUUUUCCGAAGAGAGGCGAAAAGGUGGCGAUGCGGUCUUUGGGGCUCUGUAUGGUAUACCACAUGCAAAAUAUCUCAAGAACUGCCCAUACUGCCAGCGAGAAUGAGGUUGAGACGAAGAACCAAUGGUAAUCGUAGCGAGGCGCCGCUUCGGCGAAGAGAUAAACAAAUGUCAAUUCGUGGGCGACGUAGAAGGUUUGCAUCCAGAAGGGUAUGGGGCCUUGGCCUUCGCGCACAAGAAGUCUUAUGGCGUAGGUGUAUUGUAGAAAGCCGAUGGCGAAGCAUGCGUUGGUCGCGAUCAUAACCGGAAUGUUGUCGAAUUGGAGGUUCUCCGCGAUGCGUCCAUAGUAGUCGAUAUUCAUGAUGAUCUGUCUGAAAUAGGCGAAUAUGGUAAGACUUUUCGUAUGAAGUUUGCAACAGAUGGCUGUGAAUAAACCAAGAAGGA